AUGUAUGUAUGCACUUAUGUAUGUAUGUAUAUGUACAGAUUGACAGAAGUGGCCCUUGAGAAGUAA